GAAAAUAGUUGAAAUGCAAAAAUUGGUUUGUGAAAGGGUCUGUCCCAUAUUUCAUCUUCUUCAAAUAAAAGCCACUAUAACUAUAUUAGAAGCGAAACAGAUGCUUCCUGUGAAUUUAACUUUGGGCGAAGUUGUAAUUUGUGUAAUCCGCUAUACCCUAAACCUCAAUCAAAGCGCCAAAAACGUCCGAGGAGAAGCGGCAAAGUAAGAGAGCAAUUUUGUUGGGUCAUGUUGUAGAGCGAUGGGAGAACACAAACGAGGGCGCACGCAGAGGAGGCAUUUCCGCCAAGGAGGAGGAGGCCGAGAGGAUGUUUGGAAGAAGCCACGGCCUUCACAGCCAUGGGAACCCUUCGUUUCUCACAAUUUGGCUUUCGACGAGUACUACAAGGAGCAAGGUAUUAUACCUGAAAAGGAAUGGGAUGAAUUUCUUUCGAUGCUUCAAAAGCCUCUUCCGGCAACUUUUCGAAUAAAUUCUAGUGGGCAGUUUGCUGAUGAUAUUCUUUUCCAGCUGGAAAAUGAUUUUUUAGCAUCUGUCAAUCCUGAGGACAUAGGUGGCAAUGUUGCUGAAUUUGUAAAGCCUUUACCAUGGUAUCCAGACAAGCUUGCGUGGCACUUGAACUUCUCUCGGAUGCAGCUAAGGAAAAACCAAACACUUGAAAGAAUUCAUGAAUUCUUGAAGCAAGAGAAUGAAAUCGGGAAUAUAACUCGGCAGGAGGCUGUAAGCAUGGUACCAGCCCUUUUUUUGGAUUUACAAUCGAAUCACUAUGUUCUUGACACACCUGGAUCAAAAACAUUUCAACUGCUAGAGAUGAUUCACAGACCAGUUAAGCCUGGAUCGUUACCUGAGGGAAUGGUUGUAGCUAAUGAUGUUGAUGUUCAGAGGUGCAAUCUUCUUAUUCAUCAGACAAAGAGAAUGUGUAGUGCUAAUUUGAUGGUUACAAAUCACGAAGCACAAAACUUUCCAGGAUGCCGGUUGAAUAAUAAUAGCUUGUCGACAAAUUCAGUUCUUGAGAGGGGAUCAGAUGUUGGAAGUUCCAAGUUUAAUGGAGACAUCAAGACAGUCGAAAGAAGAGAUUUGACUUUUGAUCGCAUAUUAUGUGAUGUGCCAUGCAGUGGAGAUGGCACAAUACGCAAGGCACCUGAUAUAUGGAGAAAAUGGAACACUGGGCUUGGCAACGGGGUACAUCGCCUUCAAGUGCAAAUUGCUAUGCGAGGUGUUGCCUUGCUUAAAGUUGGAGGGAAAUUGAUUUAUUCCACCUGCUCCUUAAAUCCAGUUGAAGAUGAAGCUGUUGUUGCGGAGGUUCUUAGACAAAGUGGGGGAUCAAUGGAGCUUCUUGACAUGUCUAUGGAGCUUCCAGAGUUGAAACGACAUCCUGGCUUGAAAACUUGGAAGGUUCGUGAUAAAGGACAUUGGCUAACUUCUUACAGACAUGUUAUUCGAUCCAGGAAAACUACAAUAGUACCUAGCAUGUUUCCUUCUGGUAAAACCUGGGAUGAAUGCAAUAUCCCUUAUGCUAGACAUGAAAAUUGUCAGAGAGAUGACAUCAACAUGGAAACAGCUUCAGAAAAUGCUGUGAAUGAGAAAGAUGGUAACCAAAUAUCUCACAAGAACAAUCUGUCCCCCAAAGUUGUGAGCACUGAUGGCUACGUGGGACCCAGCAAUGAUGAAUUUUUGCCUUCUGAAGAAAAUAGUAGAGAGGAUGAUGACACUGAAGUAGAGGCAGAAGUUACUAGCCUUCCUUUAGAACGGUGCAUGAGGAUUUUGCCUCAUGAUCAAGAUACUGGAGGCUUUUUUAUCGCUGUAUUUCAAAAGGUUUCUCCUUUCUCUGUCAAGGACAUGAAAUCAAAAGAACCUUAUAGAAAGCAGAAUUACAGAAGUACACAAGAUUUUGAAGAAGUUGUUCCAGGGAGAACUGAUGUUGAUGUAAGUGUAAAUGAAAGUGUCUCAUCAGAUUUUGAUAACACAGCUUGUUCCCCUAAAAUGAAAAACGACACCGUCAGCCAAAGGGAUGUUGAAGUGACAGAGAUGGAUACAUUGGGCGGCGGUGGCACUUCUUGUCUUCAUUUAGAUGCAAGUUUAAAAGAAAUUAUCUCAUCAGAUUUUGGUAAUGCAGCUUGUUCUCUUAACAUGAAAAAUGACACCUUCAGUGAACAGGAUGUGAAAGUGACAGAAUUAGAUACAUUGGGUAGCACGGCUUGUCUUCAUUCCGAUGUAGUGAAUGCUAUUGAAUCAAUCCCAGAUGAUCUUGGAGAUGGUGAAUGUAGGAGAGAAAUUUGCCAAAUUAUUGGAGAUAGCCAGAAGAAAGAAAAUGUAGAGACUGAAGAUGGAAAGUUUACUCAUGUUGGAAAGCAGACUAAAAAGGGAAAGAUUCAGCAGCAGGGAAGGUGGCGAGGAGUUGAUCCUGUUUUACUUCUUACUGAUGAGAAGGCAAUCAAUAGCAUAGUCACAUUUUAUGGUAUUGAUGAGUCAUUUCCGCUGGUGGGACAUUUAGUCACACGCAAUAGUGACACUGUUCAUGUCAAAAGGAUCUACUAUGUAUCAACAUCUGUACGUGAUGCAAUUAAAUUGAAUAUUUCUGCUGGUCAGCAGCUGAAGAUAACUUCUGUUGGACUAAAGAUGUUUGAACGGCAGUCAGCAAAAGAAGAAGACUCCCUAUGUGCUUAUAGGAUAUCGUCAGAAGGAUUGCCAAUGCUUCUUCCUUAUCUGAGGAAACGAAUUUUGUAUGCAUCAUUAGUAGAUUUCAAGCUUCUCUUGUCAACCCGAACAUUGUAUUUUAAAACAUUUCAAGAUCCCAAGUUUCUCACAGAUACAUCAAAUUUAUCACUGGGUUGCUGCAUCGUCAUACUACGCACAGUUGAAGCAGAUCCAAGCAAUUUUCAUUUGGCAUCAAAUCUAGGUUCCAGUGAGAAGCCUAAUAUUGCAGUGGGGUGUUGGAAGGGAAGAACAAAUCUGAGUCUCAUGGUAUCUAAAUUAGAAUCUGAAGAGUUACUUGAAAGGAUAUUUUUCAACUAUGGAAAAGAAAUGCCAGAAAUGCCAGAUGAUUCAAUAUCCAAGGAUAACUGCAUUGAAGAAGCUGGAGAGACCCCAAAUGUUUCUGAUAAUGAUGAAUAAAGUUGAUCUGCUGAAAUGGGAGUUGUCUUCAACAAAAUCAAAUUUAAUAUCAAAUGGUAAUUCUAGAUUUGGUCCAUUCAUUUGGCAAAUAUUUAACUUAGGCGUAUUGGAGAGCAUUCUCUCUAAAUUAAGAUAUGUAUUAUUUAGACAUAUAUAUCUGAAGAGGGUGUAGAAUUGAUGAAUGCAAUUAUGGAAAGGGCUUCUUCGGGAAUUUUUUUAAUUAAGGUGUCUAGAGAAGUCUAGUUUUAAAAUUCUAGACAAGAGCAACUGUUUUUCACGUGCCUUGUCAUACUCAGAUUCAGAAAUAUUUUGUGUGUGCAUGGGAAGGGGCUAUCUGAAUGUCUUAUCUUCAUAAUUCUUUGGAAAUGUUCGUAAUAGGUUAAACAAUACACCCUUUCGAUUCCUCUGAAAGAUAACAGGUUUAUAAAAAUAGCAAUGAACUAAAGUAAAUUGGCAUCCUAUUCUGGAAAGUAAUGUUUGAUGGAAGUCCGAGUUAGCCUGUAGGUUCUCUUCAAAGUAUUUUGCUUCUGUGAGACGAUCAUAUAAAUGAAAGACACCUUUUUAUGUGA